AUGGCCAUCUCAUGGAAGUCGUUUGACUUCUUCGACGUCGCCCAAAUCACGAUCGCCGACGACGAAGCCCGACAGCUCUUCGAGGGCAACGAGAUCUCGAGCGUUUGCGCAGGCUCCGAUAGCCUCUUCCUUGGUUCAUUCGAUGGAUAUGUCAGCAUCAUCAAUAAGUCAUGGAAGAUUGUCAAGCGCUUCCAGGCCUACGAGGCUGGGAGCAUCACCCAUAUGCGCCAGGUCGAAGGAACAAGUCUUUUGUUGACAGUUGCGGAGGACAUGAGCAGUGAACCUGUUCUCAAAGUAUGGGCGUUAGACAAGCUUGUCAAAAAGACCAACACACCGACAUGUCUGAGCACGGUCAUGAUCAAUAACAACCGACGACAAUUUCCCAUAUCUGCAUUUGCGGCCACGGAAGACCUGACACAAAUCGUUGUGGGAUUCACCAACGGUGCAGUCACCGUUAUUCGAGGCGAGCUAGUCCAUGAUCUUGGAACGAAGCAGCGUAUUGUUUUCGAGUCGGAAGAGCCAGUCACCGGCGUUGAACUCGCAUGGGAUGCGACACAAAAACUCACCACUUUGUUCGUUUCCACUACUUCGCGCAUCAUAAAGCUAGGCCUGUCAAAGAAGGGACACGGAUUACCGCCUAAAACCGUCGAGGAUGCAGGAUGUGCAGUGGGCUGCAUGACGCGUGAUCAGAAUACAGACGGUGUUAUUAUCGCUCGUGACGACGCCAUCUACACUUAUACCCAAGAUGGUCGAGGGCCGCCUAAGGCUUAUGAGUCGCCCAAGAGUAAGAUUGACGUCUAUCAUGAGUAUGUAGCGCUUGCGUGUCCACCAGCGAGCAGUACUGCGAAAGAUUCUGAGGCAAUGAGGCGACGCUUUGGUAGUACUACUACUAACUCUCUAUUCAAUGCGUCGUCUUUUGUGUUGUUGGACAUGGAUCUUCGAGUCAUUGGUCACACAGAGACGCUGAUGUCGCCUGUGGGACAUUUCGUUGACAUAUGGGAUGAUUUCUAUACCAUCCUUCAAGAUGGCAAGAUUUACCGUUAUCAUGAGAAGAACCUACAGCAACGCUUAGAAAUGCUUUACCAAAGGAACAUGUUCCCAUUGGCUAUCGAGCUGGCGCAGAAGUCAGGCAUGGACAACGAACAGCAGAGUCUCAUUUACCGCCGCUUCGGUGAUCAUUUAUAUCAGAAAGCCGAUUAUGACGGCGCUAUGGUCCAGUAUAUUCGAGCCAUUGAUUCAACUGAACCGUCACAAGUCAUUCGCAAGUACCUUGACACACAACGCAUACAUAACCUCAUCCAAUAUCUGGAACAGCUACACGAGUCCCGAAAAGCCACUGCUGAUCACACUACUCUUCUCCUCAACUGUUAUGCCAAACUCAAGGACAUCAACAAGCUUGAAAACUUUAUCAAGUCUCCUGGUGACCUUAAGUUUGAUCUUGACACAGCAAUUGCCAUGUGCCGUCAGGGUGGAUACUACGAGCAAGCUGCAUACCUAGCCAAGAAGCAUGGUGAGACCGAUCUUGUGGUGGAUAUCUUGAUAGAAGACUCCAAGAACUACGCCGAAGCACUUGAUUACAUUUGGCGUCAAGACCCCGGUAUCGCGUAUCCUUGUCUACAAAAGUACGCACGAGUGCUGAUUGAGAACUGUCCUCAAGACGCAACAAAAUUAUUCGUGGACUAUUAUACGGGCAAUUACAGACCUCGGCGCACUGUGACGGUGCAGAAUGAGAUUGACACACCUGCCAGUGGUGGUUUCGCCGCCGGAGCUGCAAGUGCUGUUCAGAACCUGUCUAAUCUUCUUCCCUUGCCUUAUAUGAAUACGUCUUCCGUCGCAUCUCCUGGCACAGUUGGGAAUACGCGCGCUGUUGUGAGCGAUGGGACCAUCAUAAUAGAUAGCGACGAUAUUCCUGCACCGAAGUACACCCCUCCUCCACCGAGAACCGCCUUCUCGUCGUUUAUCGAUCACGCCGAUGAGUUUAUUAUUUUCCUCGAAGCAUGCCUGGAAGAGAAGUAUCUCAAGUCGAGUGAUCGGACAGAUUUAUAUACGACCUUGUUCGAGAUGUACCUGUACAAGGCAGGCGAGAAGAAGGGGCAGGAUCACAAGGAGGAAUGGGAGGCAAAGGCAAAGAAACUUAUUGAGGGCGAGCACGUACCCAUGGAGAGCUCCAACGUGUUGCUUCUCUCACAUCUCGCUGAUUUCCAUGACGGAACAGUUCUUGUGAAGGAACAGGCUAAGCUUCUGUUUGACAUCUUCAGAUCCUAUACAUCAGCGAAGGACACUCGAGGUGCUAUGAAAGCCCUCCGGAAAUAUGGUCCUGAGGAGCCGCAAUUGUAUCCAGCUGCAUUGGCAUACCUGACUUCAGACCCAAAGGUGCUGGAGGAAGCCGGACCGGAUGAAUUGGCCAACGUCCUCAACAAGAUCGACAAAGACGGGCUCAUGGCUCCUCUACAGGUUAUUCAAACCCUUGUUGGUCAGUCUUCAGGAGGUGGCGUAGCUACCAUGGGUAUGAUCAAACCCUACCUUCACGAGACGAUUACAAGGGAGCGCAAGGAAAUUGCAUCCAAUCGAAAUCGAAUCAACACACUUCGCGGGGAUACAGAGAAGCGCCGCGAGGAGCUGGCUGAUCUGGGAUCCAAGCCCGCUGUAUUCCAAGCAACUUGGUGUUCCGAUUGCAGUCAACGACUGGACCUACCAGCUGUUCACUUUCUCUGCAAACAUAGCUUCCAUCAGCGUUGCGUGCGCAAUGGCGGCAAUGACGGCGACGCGGAGUGUCCCAAGUGCGCUUCGGAGAACGACAUGAUCCGUAAGAUGCGUGAAGGGCAGAGGGAGAGGGCGGGCAAGCACGAGCUGUUCAAGGGCGAUUUGGAGAAUAGCGAUGAUCGUUUCAGCACGUUGGCGGAGUGGUUCUCGAGGGGUGUCAUGGAUGGGCAGAGUGCUGAGCAGAUGUAA